CUCUGCUACCCCUCCUUCUCUCACUUUCUCUCUCUUUCUUUUCUCUCUCUCUCUCUCUCUCUCUCAAAACCAGAAGGAAAGAAAAGAAACAGAGUAAUCUGUUUCUCUCGGUUUUAAUUCAAGCUGGCGAUCGAUAAUCAGGAGUCUGCUGUUCGAGAAAUCAAGCCCAAGAGCAGGAGAAUCAUGGGUGCUGGGGGUCCUGAUGAGGAAGACAACAGGUGGCCGCCAUGGUUGAAACCUCUGCUGAGGGAGAGCUUCUUUGUUCAAUGCAAGUUGCAUGCUGACUCUCACAAGAGCGAAUGCAAUAUGUAUUGCUUGGACUGCAUGAAUGGAGCUCUCUGUUCUCUCUGUCUGGGCUACCACCAGGAUCAUCGUGCUAUUCAGAUAAGGAGAUCAUCAUACCAUGAUGUGAUCAGGGUUUCUGAGAUUCAGAAAGUGCUGGACAUCACCGGUGUCCAGACCUACAUUAUCAACAGCGCAAGAGUCGUCUUCCUGAAUGAACGCCCGCAGCCUAGGCCUGGAAAAGGAGUCACCAACACCUGCGAGGUCUGCGAGCGUAGCCUCCUCGAUUCAUUCCGCUUCUGUUCCCUUGGCUGCAAGAUUGUGGGUACGUCAACGAAUUUCCAGAAGAAGAAGCAUCAGCAGCCGGCGACAGCGUCGUCGGACUCGGAGGAAUCGUACAGUAGCAGCAGCCAUGGGCGGCAGGCGCAGAACGCAGUCCAGAGUUUUAGUCCCUCGACACCUCCCCCAACUGCAGUAAAUUACAGAACGGCCAAGCGAAGAAAGGGGAUUCCGCACAGGGCCCCAAUGGGAGGACUCAUCAUAGAAUACUAUUAGUCUCCUACAAGUAUCGUGCUCAUCAGCUAAUUCCGAAAAUACCCUCAUAUACAAUACUAGUUUUCACAAUGGCCCUCCAGUCCUAGAGCUUUUUACCAAAAGGCCAGCAUUGGAGAAAGGCUCCCCUCUUAUCGCAAGCAGUGUGUACAUAGAAGGAAGGCUUAGAAGCCUGCAGCAGUGGAAGCAGAAGCAGAAGGCAGAGAACAGAAAGGAAAGAAAUAAGACUAAUAUGAAGGACUGAAUGGUGAAGUAGAAAAAAAUAAGGUUAGCAUAUGAUAAUGAUAAUAAUAAUAAUAGGAGUGGGGUUUAGGAGUGAUUAUACAUAAGUUUUGGGAAGUGGAGUGAAAUGUAAAUAGUGGUUUUGUGUAGAGCCUUAGAUGAAGGAUGUCUCCUUGUAAACAGGAGGAUGUCUAUAUAUGGAAUUUAAUAAUAGAUUUUAUUUUAAGAGUGACCUAUUUCCAUUUUUA